AGAGAGAGAGAGAUGACGCUGAGAUGAGGCGUGGAGCUUGGACGCAGGUGCGGCGAGUGGGCGCGCGUGGCGCGGGCGUCCCGGAACGAGCCGGAGCGUAGAAUCGUGGAUUACGUAUUACGUAGAAGCGAAAAGGAUGAAAGAGGACAAAGAGGGAGCGAGAGAGAGCGGCGCGGCGGCGACAGCGGCGGCAGCGACGAGAGGCAUGCACUAUACACUCUACACUGGUGCGCAUCGAUCGCUAUACCCCGCGCGCUAUCUUCCGGCUAUUUUGCGCACUACGGUUCCCGUGCGCGACGUGAAAUCGAAAGAUGGCCGUCGUCCCGCUAGCAUUUGACGGCAACUUUUAUAGCAGCCGCAGACCUCCGAUCCUGGCCGCGAGGAGCGAGUGAUCGGUCGGACGGCAAUCGAAGAUCGUUGCACGAACGGUAGCCCGGUCGGGAGAAGGAUGGGGACGGUGGCGACAACGGCAGCGUCGGUGACGGUGAUGGUGAUGAUGACGACGACGACGACCACGACGACGAUCACCACGGGAUUGUGAAGGAAGUUGUGCGCGCGCGUUGUGCGACGAUCGUCCGUCGAGAGUACGUCGCGCACGAGAGUAACGUCGCGCCGUGAGCGCGGUCCCUAGCAGACGACAUUGCCUGCAAAUCAUACCGAGGAUUCGGCGUUAAGGAAUGUAGGCGACGAAAGCACGGAUCAAAAUAAUAAUAUAACUAUGACUAGCGAAGAUCUGCUGCAGCCUGGCCAUGUGGUCAAAGAGCGUUGGAAAGUUGUGAGAAAAAUAGGUGGCGGUGGAUUUGGUGAAAUUUACGAAGGUCUCGAUUUAAUGACAAAGGAACAAGUUGCCCUUAAAGUUGAAUCUGCACGGCAACCAAAACAAGUUUUAAAAAUGGAAGUUGCUGUACUAAAGAAAUUACAGGGUAAAGACCAUGUUUGCCGUUUUAUUGGCUGUGGACGUAACGAUCGAUUUAACUAUGUCGUAAUGCAAUUACAAGGAAAGAACUUAGCCGAAUUGCGCAGGGCGCAACCGCGAGGAGCUUUUUCACUUUCUACUACAUUACGUCUUGGUCUUCAAAUUUUGAAAGCUAUAGAAAGUAUUCAUCAAGUGGGAUUUUUGCACAGAGAUAUUAAACCUUCAAAUUUUUCAAUUGGCCGUCAUCCUUACAACUCCAGACUAGUAUAUAUGUUGGAUUUUGGUCUAGCACGGCAAUUCACAACCAGUACGGGUGAAGUGCGACCGCCUCGUGCUGCCGCAGGAUUUAGAGGAACCGUCCGAUAUGCGUCAGUCAAUGCACACAAGAAUAAAGAGAUGGGCCGACAUGAUGAUUUAUGGUCACUAUUUUAUAUGCUAGUCGAAUUUGUUAAUGGACAACUGCCAUGGCGAAAAAUAAAAGAUAAAGAACAAGUGGGUCUCAUGAAAGAAAAAUAUGAUCAUAGAUUACUUUUAAAACAUCUCCCAUCUGAUCUGCGGGUCUUUUUAGAACACAUACAGAGCUUGGAGUAUGCAGACAAACCAGAUUACAGUAUGUUAGCUGGUCUGUUUGAACGAUGUAUGAAACGUAGAGGUGUGAAGCCAAAUGAUCCUUAUGAUUGGGAAAGGCCGUUAAUAGCUAAUGAAGGUUUAUCAACUACUAGAUCAUUACCUACAGUAGCCGUGCCACCUCCUCUCACUACAGCUACUACUCUCAAUCAGCCUCCAACUACAAAUGUAGAUACAAAUAAUCAAGAAAAUGUGGAACCAGACAAUAGAAAGGAGUUAGAUGCACAAUUGGAUUAUGAAAGUAUAUAUAGAAGAAACAGGCAACGUGGAAUAGAAGGUUCUCCAGUGCCAUUUGCAGCAGCUAUCAGCAAUCAUGGUAGGGAUAAAAAUUGCAAUGCCACAAUACCGACGACGGAUAAUACGCAUCAACAAGUUGCGCAACAGACUAUGCCAGCUUUGCCAAUUCAAGGAUCUCCUAAAAAACGACGUGCAGUUUCGAUGGCUGUGGAAUCUCAAGUUCCUACGCCAGUAGAAAAGCAAGUGGAUAACGAAGGAGACGCGUUGAUGGCUUCCGCACGUUCUGCAUCUGAAGUUCCUCGCCCUAAAACAGUAUCAAGUGCAACAACAGCGGCACUUAGAAAAUCGGCAAGUGGUGCUACAUUACCCGCUACUCUUGCUCGUUUGCGCAUUGCUACGCCAGAGGGAACGUCCGCUGAGUUACCGAGUCCUCGUAUACAGACAGAAGUCGAUGCUUCCUAUUGCUCUUACGAUGUAACUAAUGUUAAAUACGUUGGAAAUCAAAGUCCAGUAACUGAACAAAGAGAACCUCUCAGAAGAGAACCUAGAAGGAGAGCAGACAGUCGACAACAAGUAAGAAGCGGACGUUCGGCGAUACGUGAUUGUUCUAUUACGCAAUUUGCCCAAAUAGAUGACGACAAUGUGUCUGCCCUGCAACAAGUGACCAAAGGUGGCGGAGGAUUGACUCUGGCCUCGCAAUGGAAGUCGCAAUUUGACGAUUCUGAAGAGACUGAUAACGAGUGGAAGGGUGAAAAUUUGCAGAGUCCUGAACACAAAGGGACAAAUGCUCCAACCAUACCGCCACAGUCCACAGGUAUUAUCGAGGGCUCACAGCAAUUGGAUACAAAAUCUGUCGCGGCUCAAUCAAAUGCUUUAAAUGUGUGUCAGCAACAGUCUUUAAUACCCACAGCACUGUCUAAAAUAAGUGAAGAUUCUCCAAGACCAACAGUGCCACAUAGAUGUUUAAAUAUCGCGGGUAUCGAAAAGUAUCCAGAACUACAAGGGGCGCUUCCACGAGCUUGGAGUGUUCCAGUUUUAGCGCCACACAUUCGAGCUUAUCUCGAAGCUCCUUUGGUUCAGCAAGCAGCAUUUGAUGAUUUGCUGUAUGAAGUGGAUGUUAUGAGGAAUAUAGCCACUCGAUAUGAUGAACCGAGACAAACCGCAUCAAUCAGAAGAUUCAGUCUACCAGUAGUAGCUUUCUCUCCUUCCGAUGCAACGUUUAACACUCCUAAAGGAGAAGAAGAGGAAGAAGCAGUAGCGGGUAGAUUGGAAAUCAGAGUGGUAGACGCGACCGGUGGUGCUACAAUUGUGCAAACUAGUGCUGACAGGGAACCAUUACAAAAGAAAUUAACAAACGGCACGGCAGGUAGUCCGGCUAGUCCUAAUCCAGGACCAGAAGAACCAUCGAUAUAUUACGACGCUACCGAGAAUCGACCGGCUGCAAACGUAAGUUUGCAAAAGGAAUCGAAUAAUGUCACUACUGCCUCGACUACUGUACAAAAUGCAGUACCGCUUCGUGAUAAUAAGGACAAUAAAGAGAAGGAAACAUCUAGUAGGACAUACGUCGCUCAUAGUAAAAUACCGGUUCCUGUUAAAAGCCCAAGAUGUUCGUUAUCCGAAUCGACGCCUGAGACUAACACCCUGAAUACCAAGCCAGUAACUGGAAGUGACAUAGAAAAACUACUCGUGCCCGCAGCCGCAGCUAAGGAAAAAGAGAAUACCAGCUCUGCCGAAGAUGAAAACUUAAUUGGAUGUACGCCCGCUUUGCGCCGCCGAAGACAAAGUGAAAAAUAUGUGACAGACGCUAGUCAGCUGAAUCUGCAGUUCCAAAGACCACAACAUAGAGCAAGACCGCAAUCGGAAGUAUUACCAAGACUUUCUCCGAGGGGAGUACCUUCGCAUCUUUUACGGGAACCUGGUAAAAAGUCCGAAGAGAGCAGUGAAAGUGAUUCUAACAGCAGUGGACCGCCAAAAUCUUCUCGUCAACCACCACCACCACCUGCAUCGUUACCACCUCACAUAGCAGAAAAUAAUGCUAGAUGCCGCCGUUAUUGGCCCAUACCAGACGCACCGGUUGCUAGUAGAGAAUCGUGAGGUUUGAUAUUCAAAAUGACAAAUAGCCUCAGUUUAUGUUAGGAUUGAGAAGAUUUUUACUGCUCAACCAUGUGAGAAUGUGAUAUUUGGGGCACCGAAAACACGCAAUUCUUUUGUCGAUAAAUACACGUAUAAUCGAAUAUAUAAAAAUUUUAGUAAAGAUGCAUAUCUAUAUAUCUGCAGAGAUAGAACAUAGCUAUUCAUUUCUUAACGCGCGAAGAUAUAAACUAUCUAAACGCGUAUUCUCUCAAAUAUUGCAGCUUUAAUUAACUAUUCUUUAAAUUCUUUUUAAAAUGUUUUUCUUAUUAUUUUUGGGGCAUGUGCUCAAUAAUUUUUAGUAAAUUGAAAAUAAAGAUGUAUAUGAUAUUACUUUCAGUGUACAAGCAGUACAAUAAUCUAGUGAUAGUAGAGAUGGUCGCUUUUUUAAGAUUAUAUUAUUUUCUUUAUAACAGUUGUCACAUUUAUGUUAUAAACUUGUUAAUUCAGUAUCUUUAAAUUUAUACACACGUAUGGUAUUAUAUAUAUAUUCUUUUUGCAUAUCUGUUCGAUUUCCAUAAUUUGAUUUAUGCACAUGAUAUUUUUUAUGUCCAUCUAUGUGUUACCAGAACUUUAUGCUUUUAUUAAAUCUAGUAGUUUUCUUUACAUGGAAAUAUCGAAUGCACUUAUCUGUAAUUUAUCUAUAUUAUAUAAUAAAAUAUCCUGUAUAGAAGAGCAGAUUUUGUAAGAUUUAUAAUUUUAUUAGUAAUAACUGUACAAAAAAUAUAAACAUAUUUUUGUUAUAAUUAUAAAAUUAUUACAACUACUGUUGUACACUGAAACAUAUUUUAUUUGUUGAAGUAAUACGAAUAUUUUACAUGAAAGUAAUGAGUGCUCGAUAAUUUAUUAAUUAAAAUUAUACUCAUCCGAUUUAUGAGCGUGCUUUAAAUUAUUAGUAUUUAGAAUUGCUAUCUUGCAAUGAGCAUAAAUCACGUAAUAAUAAAAUAAAAUCGAGUUUCGUGGAUGGUAUAAAAAAGUAUGGAUAAUAGAUAUGAUUUAGCACUGCAAGAAAAAAAUGGGUUUAACAAAAUGGCUUUAGAAUAAUUAUAAAAUUCGGGCCAGAUGUACUAGUCUCCUUAUUAUAGCCCAUUAUUAAAGUGAGCAAAAUGCAAUUUUUUCAUGUAUACAAGAUAUCUCAAAACUAUCUGAAGUCUUUUUAAAACAGAUUUUUUGGCCAGUUAGGAAUCGAUUUUUUUUUUAACAAAAAAGA